AUGGGCGUAUUCACUGUGAUCUUCCAUCACGAGGGUAACAUUUUGCAUGAUAAGUUCACAUUUUAUAGGGGGGAUGAUACGGUCGUGGAAGGUCAAAAUUCUGACACUUGGAGUUUUUUUGAGGCUGCAAGUUUAAUUAAGGAUUGGGGAUAUGAUGGAUUUAGGUUGUGGACAAAAUUCCCAGGGAUUGAUGAAGGGCUUCUUCAUGUCAUUGAUGAUGUACUAGCUUAA